AUGGUGCCAGAGUGUGAGAUUAUAGUUCAUGACAGAGUUAUGCCAGGUGAUUUGGUGGUAUUGGCUAUUCAAGAUUUUGAUCUUUUAUUAGGCAUGGAUUGGCUAUCUCGCCAUUAUGCCAAGGUUGACUGCCGACGCGAGAUUAUUACCUUUGAGCCUCCAUAUCAGCCAGAGAUGAUAUAUAGGGGAGUAAAACCAGUUGUGGCAACACCAAUGAUUUCAGUUAUGCAAGCAGAGAAGUUGAUAAGGCAAGAGUGUGAAGCAUAUUUAGCAUUUGUGACCAUUGGUUCUAAGGAGAAGAAAGAGUUGGCUGAUCUUCCUAUUGUUCGGAAUUUCCCGGACGUAUUUCCAGAUGAGUUGCCGAGCGUACCACCCUAUAGGGAGAUUGAUUUUUCCAUUGAGUUGCUGCUAGGCACUAAACCCAUUUCUAAGACUCCUUAUCGCAUGGCUCCCAACGAAUUAAAAGAGUUGAAGGUGCAAUUGCAAGACCUUUUAGAUAAAGGUUUUAUCUGA